UAGAUAUAAAUAUCUCUUGAUAUGUUAAAAAAAUUAUGAACUGAAAAUAUGUCUUAUUUUUAAUAAAAACAAAAAGUAUUAAUUAGUGGGUUACCUGGCAAAGUUUCUUUUCAAUAAUAGAGUAGUUAAAAUUUUAUCUCUUGUUGAAUAAUAGUUGUCACACGAAAUAAUAGAUAUAUAAAAAAAUACUGACAAAUUUGUACAGCUGUUUGUGUCUUUAUCAGUUGUAGUUGGCCCCGUUUAAAACAAUGUGUUUUUAAUCGUAAAUUUAAUUAAUAUAAUUUAAAACAGCGCACAAAUCGCCACAAUGUAUACAAGUAUGUCGGAGCACAACCGAUUAGUGAAUAAAUACCUAUUGGUAUUUUUUGUAGUAGCUUUAUAUUGGACAGUAUCAAUAUGUACAGUGUUUAUGAAUAAAUUACUACUAAGCAGUGAUACGGUAAAUUUAGACGCACCCCUUUUUGUAUGCUGGUUCCAAUGUCUUGUCUCCGCGGGUUUAUGUGCGCUUUUGAGUGCUCUUGGUCGGCGUUAUCCAAAUGUCAUUACGUUCCCAGAAGGUAAUCCAUUUGAUGUGGAUAUUUUUCGAAAGAUUUUGCCGUUAUCCAUUUUGUUUACUUUAAUGGUUGCAACAAAUAAUUUGUGCCUUAAAUAUGUGGGAGUAGCUUUUUAUUAUGUUGGCCGAUCGUUAACGACGGUAUUUAAUGUCGUACUAACAUAUAUACUGUUACGACAAAAAACCAGCUUCAAGGCUACAAUGUGCUGUGUAUUUGUUGUUUUUGGUUUCCUUUUGGGAGUCGACCAGGAGAGCUUAACCGCACAGUUUUCUCUACGCGGCACAAUCUAUGGCGUUAUGGGCUCGUUUAUACUGGCCUGGUAUUCCAUUCAAACCAAAAAGGCAUUAGUUCACGUUAAUCAGCAAGUUCUUCUACUAAGCUACUACAAUAAUGUCUACUCCAGUGUAUUUUUCUUGCCUUUAAUCUUCAUUAAUGGAGAAAUGAACGCAAUUCUCAACUAUGAACACAUAUUUGCUCCUUGGUUCAUUAGUGCUAUGGUGCUUGGCGGCUUAUGCGGUUUCGCAAUUGGAUUUGUUACAGUUUUGCAAAUUAAGGUAACAUCACCAUUAACUCACAACAUUUCUGGAACUGCAAAGGCUUGCGCUCAGACUGUUAUAGCGACACAAUGGUAUAAUGAUGCAAAGUCAGCAUUAUGGUGGGCAUCAAAUGUUAUUGUUUUACUGGCUAGUGCCGCUUAUACACGUGUGAAGCAAUUGGAAAUGCAACGUCAACACGAACGGACUACCGCGACACAAAAGGCAUAAGAAGAACUUUUUCAACCGGCUUUGUAUUUUUAAGGGAAAAGUUAUAAUUAUUCUGGGUAGACAUUACAUAUGUAUAUAAUAAGCUUAUGUUGAAUUUUUGUAAUGCAAACAUAUUCGUUUACAAUUUCCUUCAUGACAAUGAUAGUUAUAUAAUAAACCAAAAAUUAAAACCACUGACAAGAAAAGAAA